ACUUGUGUAAAAUACCAAAAUCAAUGGCUUGCUUAAUGUUCCUUUACUCCAACAAAGGAUCUGCCACCAAGAUGGAGUGUUACUUCACCAACUGGUCCCAGUACAGACCUGGUGAUGGGAAAUACAUGCCACAAAAUGUUGACCCCUUCCUGUGCACCACCCUGAUCUAUGCCUUUUCAAUCAUCAACCAUAACAAUGAACUCACUACCUAUGAGUGGAAUGAUGACAUCCUCUACAAGUCUUUCAAUGCUUUGAAGACCAAAAAUCCUCAUCUGAAGACUCUGCUGGCUGUUGGUGGAUGGAACUUUGGUUCAAGACAGUUCUCCAUCAUGGUGUCCACUCCAGCUAACCGUCAGACAUUCAUACAGUCUUCUAUCAGAUUCCUGAGGACUCAUGGAUUUGAUGGUCUGGAUCUGGAUUGGGAGUACCCUGGUGCUCGUGGAAGUCCUCCAGAGGACAAACAGAGGUUCACUCUGCUUUGCAGGGAACUUGUUGAAGCCUUUGCAGCUGAGGCCACUGCCACUGGCAAACCUCAGCUCAUGCUCACUGCUGCAGUGUCUGCUGGAAAAGGAACCAUCGAUAGUGGUUAUGAGAUUGCUGAGAUUGCCAAGGAACUGGACUUCAUCAAUGUGAUGACCUAUGACUUCCACGGUACUUGGGAGCAGUUCACUGGACACAACAGCCCAUUGUACCGUGGAUCCCAGGAUUUUGGAGACCUCAUUUACUUUAACACUGAUUUUGCCAUGAAGUACUGGAGAGACAAUGGCACCCCACUGGAGAAAUUGAGGAUGGGCUUUGCUACUUAUGGUCGUACCUUCCGCCUGACAUCCUCAGACACUGGGGUUGGAGCUCCAGCAAGUGGCCCUGCCUCAGCCGGACCAUUCACACGUGAAGCUGGAUUCUGGUCCUACUAUGAGAUCUGUGACUUCGCAAAAACCACCACCAUUCAGUGGAUUGAGGAUCAGAAAGUGCCCUAUGCCACCAAGAACAAUGAGUGGGUGGGAUUUGACACCAAGGAGAGCUAUGAGAUCAAGGUGCGCUACCUGCAGGAGCAUAACUUUGGAGGUGCCUUUGUUUGGGCCCUCGAUUUGGAUGACUUCGCUGGACGAUUCUGCGGAGAGGGCAGUCAUCCUUUGAUGUCUCAUCUCAACAAACUUCUUAAUAUUGAGCUGCCCCCAUUGCCCCCUACCACUCCUCCUAAACCAGGUACUAUCACUCCAACCACCACCACCACAACCACAACCACCACCCAUGCUCCAGGAUCCGGCUUCUGCAAUGGCAAACCUGAUGGCCUGUACCCCAACUCAGAUGACAGGACCAGCUUCUACAUGUGCACUGGUGGCAGAACCUACGUUAGUCACUGUGGAAGCGGAACUGUUUUUUCUGAAAGCUGCAAGUGCUGCAAUUGGCCUUAAACCACUAGUGGAGACAAUGUGUAUUACAACUGAGGCAGAUGUCACCUGUUAAACAACUUUUAGAAUUU